GCCCGAUUCCCCAGUUUCUUUAUAUUAACCUCCAAAGUCUUAAAUAAUUUAUUCAAAAAAAAAAAGGUUAUUCGCCCUCAGAAGUGCCUCUCGUAGUCUGAAGCUGGGUUUGCAGCCAGCGUCUUGAGCGGGAGUGUUCGUUGAUUAUGGUGUAGGACGGAUCGCAGUCUGUCAGACGGCAGGAAGUUGAGCUACAGUGUGGUGCGGUGCAGCGCAGCACAGCACAGGGGCAGUACCGAGCACAUUGCAGUGUUGGAGCCAUGCUGACAUUGGCCAGCAAGCUUAAGAGGGACGACGGGGGAAAGACAGGCCGCACCUCUGGAGCUUCCGACUCCGCCCACAGAGUCUCGGUCAGGGAUCGUCUCCUCACCAAAGAAGUUGCAGAACUUGAAGCCAACCUCCCUAGUACAUGCAAAGCAAGUUUCCCAGAUGAGGACAAGCUGCAUCAUUUCCAGCUGGUGGUGUCUCCUGAUGAGGGUUACUACCAGAGUGGAAAGUUCCAGUUUGAAAUAGAUGUCCCUGAAGCCUACAACAUGGUGCCUCCCAAAGUGAAAUGCCUGACCAGAAUAUGGCACCCCAACAUUGCAGAGACCGGGGAGAUCUGUCUGAGCUUGUUACGGGAACAUUCUAUUGAUGGCACAGGCUGGGCACCAACCAGAACUUUAAAGGAUGUUGUCUGGGGACUGAACUCUUUGUUUACCGAUCUGCUCAACUUUGAUGACCCUCUGAAUAUUGACGCAGCAGAGCAUCACCUGAGAGACAAGGAGGAUUUCCGGAAUAAGGUUCAAGAUUACAUCAAGCACUAUGCCAGAUGAUAGACACAUCCUGUACCAAUCACCGUCUAUCUGCAAACUUUCUGCACCAACCAACCUGCAAAUCAACCAACCGAACAGCUCUGCUUGUCCCUCCCAAUGCCUCCAUGGUGGCGAAACGACCGCCGACCCUUGAACUCGUACACCUCCCCUAUUAUCUCGUCGACCAAUCGCACGCUGACCCCAGCUUUGACCCAGCUGCAACACCCUCUCUGCCGCUGAAGGAGGGGGGGGGGGACGGAAAUUAAAAAGUGAGAAAAGGAAAAAAAAAUAGAUGUGUUUGAAGAAGGACCUCUGUGACAUGGAAGAGAAAACACUCACCCAAUCCUGACUGAUUGGAUGAGUGUUGUGCUAACACCAAUGCCUGUUCGUCGCAGCAUUAUUGCCCAGUAGCGGGACUGCCCCCUGCUGUCUAAGCCAAUCAGAUGUGAGCCAUGCUAACGUGCAGCGAGGGAAUGAAAAACUCAGCUCAGGAGAAAUUUAAACCAAGUUCUCCUGUUUUUUAACAACCGACCAGACGAGAGAAAGAAAGAUUAUCAUGUUUUAUCAGCUCCAGUGCCUGCCAUGUUUGUGUUGCAAAGGAGACAAAGCACGCUAACACACACGGAGACAAAGCAUGCUAGCACACACACACACACACACACACACAAACAAGUGAGUUGUGAACAUUCACACUGGAAAGCUUGCAGCCGAACCCCCCCACUUGACAGCAUGUGAAUGAGUCAAAGCCCCCCUCCUUUUCCCACCAUGUUGUGUGCCUCAGACACACACACUCUCACACACACACACACACACACACCCAUCAGCUCCUGUCUGUUCAUAGCUCAGGUGGGAUACAGCUGGGAGAGAAAACAACAUUAAAGAUGACAUCAAGAAGAAGAGAUACCACGGACUGCCAUUUUUUAUCAGUCGAAGGCAGGAAGCACCUUGACUGCUGACACCCCCACCACCACCACCACCACCACUACUACCCCAGCCAUAUGUUGCACAGUGCUUUCAAGUCCUCUCCCUCGCUCUUUCUGUCUCUCUUCCCAACUGCCGCUCUUUUCCUUUUCUGUUGUCCUCCAUCUGUCUUUGUUAUAUUUCAACUCUCCAACAACCCGCACACACACACACACAUACACACGCACAUGCCCUGCCAACACAUGACGGAGGUGGAGCAAGUGGUCAUUCAUACUUGGGUCUGGAUGACAUUUAAUGCAUUAAAUGCUUUAUUCUGUGCGUCACAGAAUCUACUAAUCCCAUGCCUGUGUCCAGUGAGUUUUUCUACUUGUGUUUUAUGAGUUAAGUGUGCAACCUAAAACACCUCCCUUUGCAUCGUUUACAGUCACCCUCUGUGACCGACAUUUUUCCGUGACGAAAACAACUCAUCACCGAGUCAGAGUGUUUGAAUCAUGUCAAAACAUUUUUGUCUCAAUAGUUGGACACAAGGACCUUUCAAAGACAUAAGGUCCUCGCAAAGAGCGGUGGACAUUGGCUUGCUAUGACAAAGAUGCAUUACAGGUUAAGCCUGAUCCUGUCUGUCUGCUGCAGGACAGUUCCUUAGAUGUAAUGUGUGUGUGUGUGUGUGUGUGUGUGUGUGUGUGUGUGUGUGUGUGUGUGUGUGUGUG